GUCGUCUCCCUGCGCGCUUGUCGUCUUCCUCACUCAGGCCUCUGGCAGCAGCUUGGAACGUUGCAUCUCUUUUGUGGCAGGACCGGGCCUUUGUAUGGCCGGUGUCACCGGAGACUGAGCGUGAUCCUGGCCGUCGGCGCAGCCGAGGGUGAGCUUUAACUCUACCCUAUCAAGAUGAGUCCUUCACAGUGGGAUUUUCCAGUGGAACUAUGUUGCCGGCCUAUGGCCUUUGUUACACUCACAGGCUUGGAUGUAGUGUAUAAUGCUGUUCAUCGGGCAGUUUGGGAUGCCUUUUGUGCAAAUAGAAGAGCAGACAGAGUACCAAUUUCCUUUAAAGUACUCCCUGGUGACCAUGAGUAUCCUAAAUGUAGAACAAAGAGAACAUCAUAUGAAUGGUACAUUCCAAAAGGCAUUUUGAAGACUGGCUGGAUGAACAAGCAUUUGAACUUGGUGCCUGCACUUGUCGUGGUGUUCUAUGAACUAGAUUGGGAUGAGCCACAGUGGAAAGAAAAACAGUCAGAGUGUGCUACUAGAGUUGAAAUUGUCAGGCAGAGUUUGCAGGGAAGAAACACAAAAGUUGCUGUAGUUUUGAUUCAGAAGAAAACGCCGUUACCUCCUGGGGAAGAUGUUAUUGCUUCUGAAAGAGCAGCAGCUUUAUGUAAUGCUUGUGACCUCUCUGGAAAAUCAUUGUUUGUUUUGCCACACACUGAUCAUCUUGUAGGUUAUAUUAUAAGGUUAGAGAAUGCAUUCUAUGAACAUGCACAGACCUACUACUAUACAGAAAUCCGAAGGGUGAAAUCUCAUAAAGAAUAUUUAAACAAAACAACACAUCAGCUUUUAUUCGUUAGACAUCAGUUCAAAAUAGCAUUCUUCAGUGAGCUGAAGCAGGACACACAGAAUGCUCUAAAAAACUACAGAACUGCAUAUAAUCUUGUACAUGAAUUGAGAGCUCAUGAAACCAAUAUGCUGGAAAUCAAGACAAUGGCAGGAUUUAUAAAUUACAAGAUUUGUCGCCUGUGUUUUCAGCAUAAUACACCACUGGAUGCAAUUGCACAGUUUAGAAAACAUAUUGACUUGUGCAAGAAAAAAAUUGGGAGUGCAGAGUUGGCUUUUGAGCAUGCUGCCUGGAUGUCAAAACAAUUCCAAGCUUUUGGAGACUUGUUUGAUGAAGCUAUUAAACUUGGAUUGACAGCCAUACAGACACAAAAUCCGGGUUUCUAUUACCAGCAGGCAGCAUACUAUGCUCAGGAGCGAAAGCAAUUGGCUAAUAUUCUCUGCAAUCAUGAGCCUUCUGUGACAUAUCCCAGUCCGGAUCCACUGGAAACUCAAACUGGAAUGCUUGACUUCUAUGGACAAAGACCAUGGAGGCAGGGAAUACUAAGUUUUGAUCUUCAUGAUCCUGAAAAGGAAAAAGUAGGAAUUUUGGCAUUGCAACUGAAAGAGAAAAAAGUUCUUCAUUCUGAGCUGAUAAUCACUUUGCUGAGUAAUGCAGUUGCCCAAUUCAAGAAGUACAAAUGUCCAAGAAUGAAAAGUCACUUGAUGGUUCAGAUGGGUGAAGAAUAUUACUAUGCUAAAGAUUACACCAAAGCUUUGAAACUGCUUGAUUAUGUUUUGUGUGAUUACCGCAGUGAAGGAUGGUGGACUCUCCUUACUUCUAUCCUGAGCACAGCUCUUAAAUGUUCCUAUCUCAUGGCUCAAAUAAAAGAUUACAUUAUGUACUCACUGGAACUCCUGGGAAGAGCAUCUACUUUGAAAGAGGAUCAGAAGUCUCGGAUAGAAAAAAAUCUGAUCAAAGUACUCAUGAAUGAGAAUCCAGAUCCAGAACCUGAAUGUGAUGUUGCUUCUGUGAAAGCUGCACAGAAAUUGUGGGCUGACAGAGUUUCUCUGGUGGGCAGCAAUAUUUUUACAAUAGAAGUUCAAGAUUUUGUCCCAUUUGUUCAGUGCAAAGCCAAAUUUCUUGCUCCAAGUUUUCAUGUUGAUGUACCAGUGCAGUUUGACAUAUAUUUGAAAGCUGAUUGCCCACACCCUAUCCAGUUUUCUAAGUUAUGUGUCAGUUUCAAUAAUCAGGAAUACAACCAGUACUGUGUAGUGGAAGAAGCCUGCCCAAAAGGUGAAAUCCUGGAACCAUCCAUACAGGGUACACUGUGUCUUAUUCCUGGUAAAACAAAGAAGUUCACUUUCAAAUUUGUGGCAAAAACAGAAGAUGUGGGGAAAAAGAUUGAGAUCACAUCAGUGGAUUUGCUUCUGGGUCGUGAAAAUGGCAGGUGUGUGAUGGUGAACUGGCAUGGAGGAGGCGGCGAUGCAGCUUCUUCUCAGGAAGCGCUGUUGGCUGCUCGUUCCUUCAAAAGGCGGCCUAAACUUGCAGAUAAUGAGGUUCAUUGGGACAGCCUUACUGUUCAGGCAAGCACAAUGAUCAUUUCUAGAGUGCCAAACAUUUCUGUCCAGCUCAGUCAUGAGCCACCUGCCUUGACGAAUGAAAUGUACUGUUUGCUUGUGACAAUCCAGUCACAUGAGAAGACAGUUGCCAAAGACAUAAAGCUCACAGCAGGCUUAAAACCAGGCCAAGAUGCAAACCUAACUCAGAAAACUCAUGUGACUCUAAAUGCAACAGAAACAUGCGAUGAUUCUUAUCCUGCCCUACUUCCUGAUAUCCCUGUAGGAGACUUGCAACCAGGUGAAAAGCUGGAAAAACCUAUAUAUAUUCAUUGUGGAACAGUUGGUACUAGGAUGUUUCUUGUAUAUGUUUCCUACCUAGUGAGUGCAACCAUUGAAGGGAAAGAAAUUCUCUGCAAGUGUCACAGGGAUGAAACAGUGACCAUAGAGACAGUAUUUCCUUUUGAUGUUGCUGUUAAGUUUGUCUCAACUAAGUUUGAGCAUUUAGAUAAAGUCUUCGCAGACAUACCAUUUUUACUGAUGACAGACAUCCUAAGUGCUUCACCCUGGGCUCUCACUAUUGUAACCAGCAAGCUGCAGCUUUCCCCUUCUAUGGUACCUGUGGAUCAGCUAGAGUCUUAUGUGGAGAAUGUUGUUUUGCAGACAGGUGAGAGUGCCAGUGAAUGUUUUUGCCUUCGUUGUCCCCCAGUUACUGGACAAAGUGGAGUGGCUACUGGAAGUUAUGUAAUCUCCUGGAAAAGGACCUCGGCUGUGAACAGCAAGCCUGUUAAUACUGUGAUCACACUUCCUCAUGUUAUUACAGAAAGUAUACCACUCCAUGUCAAUGCAGAUCUGCCAUCAUUUGGUCGCGUCAGAGAAUCCUUACCUGUAAAAUAUCACCUACAGAAUAAAACUAAUUUAGUUCAAGAUGUAGAAGUGUCAGUGGAACCCAGUGAUGCUUUCAUGUUUUCUGGCCUUAAGCAGAUAAGAUUGCGAAUUCUUCCUGGUACUGAGCAAGAAAUGUUAUACAACUUCUACCCUCUCAUGGCUGGAUAUCAACAGCUGCCCUCACUCAAUAUCAAUCUGUUACGGUUUCCACACUUCACUAACCAAUUGCUUAGAAGGUUUAUACCAACUCACAUCUUUGUAAAGCCCCAGGGACGUCAGCCAGAUGAUGCCUCUAUUGCUGCUGCAUAACAGAGGAUUCAUGCACAAGAAAAACAGUUUUGCACAGAAUAUAUAGAACUCUGCGCCUUUUUCAAACUCUAGCUUUGCCCAAACUAUGAAAAAGAAAACUUUAAAUUGGUAAUAAUUCCAGGAUUCUCUUUAUGGACAUGAUUCUAACCAAUAAAUACACAGGGAAAAAAAUCAGUACUUUUAUUGGAUGCAAUUCUUCUGACUUUCUGAAAGUUAAGGAAUUGUUGUUAUGUAUAUGAACUAUUUUGGUAAAAUGGGUGAGGUUAACUUGGCCAAAACAAAAAUUAUAGUAAUUCUAGCUUCAGUAUUGUUGUGUUUUGGUGCGGUGCCUAAGGCUUUUGUUGCAAACGCUGAUCCCCCACCACCCAACCUCAAAUUUUAUAGUAUUGAAUUCUUUCUUACGGAAUCUUGUUUUUGUGCCACUCUACAUUCCAUGUAAAAACAGGACCUGUUCAUAUUCUUAUUAUCUUAGAAGGCUUCAGCUACUUAGCACAUGAUGGAUAAUUCCAGGUGUUGCAUGAACAAAAGUGUCAUUUUGUAGUAAUGCAAAAUGUUAAUGCUUGAGACAUGCUGGAUACUAAGUACUGCAGUGCUAGCUACUGUGAAGCUGCUUUUGAGGACUUUACUCAUGCAAAGCAAAGAAACAUACUACUGGUGGCUUACAUAUGAAAGAAGGAUCCCACAGCACUUUGAAACUAAAGGUUUCUCAGAGGAACUUAAAGUUGGAAGGAAUACCACUCACCCUUGUAGAACUAUCAUAUAAAGCCACACUUUGGUAGGCCUUUUUUGGAUAAGCUGAAUCUUUUGAUUAGAAUUAUGAAAUUGUAUACUUAUUUUAUUUUGUUGUGUUUUGUCUACAAACUGGAAACCCUCUUAUGGAAAAGGCCACUCCACUGCACUAGUAUAUCCAAUUAUAAAACUUUUAUCUAGUCAAGCCAUCUCCUUCUUAUCAGGGUAAUUCUGCAUGUACAAUGUCAGUUCAUUAGUUAAAUCCAUUCUAUCAAUGUUCAUGUGAAAUGGUUUUUAGAAUAUUCACAGUAAAUCAUGUAAAUAAAAUCUGUUUUGUGAGAUUUUCUCAUUGUUUAACCAAUAAAUUAAUUUAAGCUUUG